UUGAGGAAAGCUGUUUGUAGUGGAUGAACUGUUUUGUGCAUGUGAUGUGCGUUGGACUAAACAGCCUAAAUGCUCUGGUGGUACAAUGGUGCAGCUGUGAGCAGUGUCUGGUCCAGUAACUCUCUUUGGGUGCCAGGUUCUCUGGAGCUGUACAACAACAACUAGGCAACCAUGUCAAGACGAAGGAACAUUGAGCCUUCAAGCCUCUUGAUUUGGGCAUCGUUUCUAUUAAUGGAAGGUUCAAAGUCUCGCUCCAUGGAAUUUGCACCACAGAUUGUUGAUCACCCCUCCAACCUUGUUGUUCGUAAGGACCAGCCUGCUACCCUGAACUGUCGUGCUGCUGGAAAUCCAGCUCCCACAAUUGAAUGGUAUCGCAAUGGAAAGUAUGUGAAAACCAGCAAAGAUGAUGCUACUGUCCAGCCUAUCCUUCUACUAGAUGGGUCCCUCUUCUUCCUCCGCCUCAGCCAGGAGAAGGGAAAAUCAGAUGAGGGUGUAUAUCAUUGUCUGGCCAGAAAUCAUCUGGGUAUAGCCAUGAGUAAAAAUGCAUCACUUUAUUUAGAAGCCCUGGAAGAGAAGUUCCAACUUCAUCCCAGUGACUUGAUGGUAGUAACUGGGGAACAGUGGUUGUUGGAAUGUGUGCCUCCGAUGGGACAUCCUGAACCCACCAUCUCAUGGAAGAAGAACGGAGUGCCCAUAAAUGCGGAAAAUAGUCAUUAUGAGCUCUCCAAAGAAAAGCUUCUGGUAGCCCAUGCUCUGAAGAGUGAUGCAGGAGCGUAUAUUUGUCUGGCUGCCAAUCAAGCAGGAGAGCAAGUGAGCAGAGCGGCCAUGGUCACUGUCUUGGAAAAGCCAGCAUUCACUCGGCGACCCAGUGAUGUUGUAGCCAGUGUUGGCAGUACUGUGAGGUUCAUCUGUGGAAUCCGUGGAGACCCACAACUUGUUGCCCAGUGGUAUAAAGAAAAUGGAGAGCUCCCCCCAGGGAGGUAUGAAGUAGACCAAGAAAAUGUCCUUCAGAUUCACCAUUUGACAAUGUGUGAUGCUGGGAAAUACAUUUGUACUGCUCACAGCCAUGGAGGAACCAUCUUUGCCAGGACAUCUUUAACAGUGGAAGAUCCACUAGAUACCAGGCAGAGGGAAGUGGACAGGCCAAAAGAUGUUCCAAAGGAGCUGAUGGAUAUCAGAGUUUGUCUAGUAAAUGUGACUGUUGUCCCCUCUGCUCCAGCAGCCCAUCUGCAAUGGAAGGUUACCCUCACUUCCCAGCACGUAGACGCUUACAUAGUGUUCUAUCGUCCUCUACUGCCUCCAAAAGCACACUGGGCUGAAUGGAGUGUCCCAGGAGACCAGCAGACUAUUAUCCCAGGACUUGAGAGAGGUUACAAGUAUGAGUUCAAGGUGCGACCAUAUUUGGGGAAGAUCCAUGGCAUAGACAGCAAUCUGAGACAGCUGUGCAUCCCAGAGGAAGUGCCAAGUGCUGCUCCACAAAUCAUCAGUAUCACUGUGUCCCGAGGUGGGAACGGCACUGUGAUCAUCCACUGGGAGCCACCUCCACUCGACACACACAAUGGCAUCAUUAAGGGUUACCAGGUCUGGUUCCUUGGCAAUGAAACUCACCAGGGAUUUAAUAGGACAGUAGAUGGAGAUACACAUAGUCUGGAAACAAUAGGACUUCCAAGUGGGCAAAAAUACUGUGUGAAGGUAGCAGCAAUCAAUGGAGCAGGUGUUGGAGUAACUAGCAAUCCUGUAUGUGGCACUGCAGACUCCAUGGUGGGGAAGAUGGCAAAGACCCCAGACUUUUUGUCCACUAACUACAUGCUAGAAGUAGUGCGCCAACCUGUCUUCAUUGCCAGCAUGGGUUCGGCACUUUGGAUCAUGCUGAUGGUGCUGGCAGUUUAUGUCUGCCAGCAACAAGCCAGGCAAUUUGGUGGAGGACGACAGUAUGCCCUUGGAGAAGGAUUGUACAGGAAUGCAAGUGAUGAUGCCAUCAUCAAACAUAGGGUAGACUCCAGCGAUUCUCCUUGGCUUUCAAAUACAUGGAAAUCCACAUCUGGCUCCAAGAAUUACAGUACCAGCAGCAGCCUCAGUAGCCAACUUCUGUGGAUGGAAUCCAAAGACAGCCAAGAAUUCCACAAAUCUACAGUGUCCUUUGAUAGGCAGAGUCAAGGAUCACGUCUUCAGACUGUUCCUUUGGUGCCUGAUAGCAGGAAUAGUAGCCUGUAUGGAGCUCUUCGCAUGGACCUUCCAGCAAAAGACCUUAAGACCUUCUACAGUUCUCUGCCGUACCUUUCCAAUCCCAACUUACAAAGUAUGGAGUUAGCACCAGCUGGUGAACUCAUGCCUCACUGCAGCCAGAACCUGAGGCCUGAUCAUGCCAGUGGCCAAGGAAGGGCACAAGGGCCAUGGAAGGCAGCUGGCUCCUUCUCCCCUAAUCUUAUCAUCAGAGAAUCCUGGACCAAAAAUGGCAAAAAGGAGCUGCAGCAGGUGCACAGCACACCCAUGUCCCCAUCUGGAUUCUCAGCAGACUGGAGCAACCAUAGUAGCCCAAGCAGUGCUGUCAGUUCUGGAAAGCAUCAAAGAGUCCAUGGGAGGGCAAAAAAGGUGCUAAAAACAUACAGCUCCUCCAAGUUCUUGCUGUGCAGUUCACAGAAUGCCAGUUCACUGCCACCUCCUCCUCCUGUUCCACCCGGUUUUCAAGCUCUCCAAGAUUCCAGCACCAAGCAAGAGUGCACCUGUACCUGCUACCUUGACCCCCCAGUGGACUUCAUGCACCAGCAGCUGGACAAGGAUUCCCUGAAGACAGUCAAAGAAUCCCUGGAUGAAAAUCAGCCCUUCCCCACGUUGCCUUACAACCAGCUUUCUGCAACCUCAACCCCUGCAUCUCUCAGUGAUGACCAGGAGACGGUUCUAACCCCAGAAGAGGUGGCAGAAUAUCUAGAACUCAGCAAGGAAACUGAUUGUCAAAGGGAGCCAGAUGACAGUGGCUCUACUACUUCCCAGGUCUUCUUUCCACCCCAUACCUAUGGCUAUAUCUGUGCUCCUCUGGCCAUUGAGCUGCUGGAAAAUGAUGUGUUGGAUGAAGAUGAUGACCCCAACAUGGUGGAAGGCCCCUGUUCAUCCACCCAAUUCUUCCGCAGUUCCUGCCAGACUCCCUCAUCCAGCCUGAGUGAAGAUGAGGCAUCCCUUGGAGGCUCCUUGGUGAAUGGGUGGGGUUCUGUCUCAGAGGACAAUGGCACCAGCACUCGCUGCAGCCUGGUCAGCUCUUCAGAUGGUUCCUUCCUCUUGGAUGCCAAUUUUGCUCAAGCACUGGCUGUGGCAGUGGACAGUUUUUGCUUUGGGCUGACAAAGAAGGAAGCUGACAGAGUUUUGACAGAUUUCUUGCCUCCCGUGUCUCCUCUGGAUGGCCUCCUGCAUCCUCAGGCUUCCGUGAGGAGCUCAGAAGAAGUGCAGCAGAGGCUUGGAUCGCAGCCCCUUCCUGUGUGGGAAUGGAGCACCGAUUGGGUGGAGGAGAUGGAAGCCAAGUAUAUGCAACCAGCUGAGAACUGGGAGGCUGCUCCUAAGCUAGGAAAAGGAAAGAUAGCUGCACCAGAAGAAGCCCAGCUGGUCACUACUUCCACCUUACAGGGAGUGAAUGGCAAGUGUUGCUGCCCCAAGGUGGAGUGCCACCCACCAGGAAUGCUAAAGGAGUAGCUUUCCUGCUUUGGCUGGAGUCUGGUGUUUGGAAUUUGAUGAAUUUUGAGUUCUUUUCAGUGCUAGGAGUCUAAUUCAGGAAAGAAGUGGUCCCUGCCAAUCAUCUGUAGAAAUGGACAAGUCACCUACUCCUUCAUUCAACUUUUUAGAAAGAAAAAUGCUCAUGUUCUUUCUAUCCUAUUUUUGAUUUGAUUUUUAGAAC